UUUCGAAUUUUACCCCAUCUUACCUUCAGUGUUACCAUGUCUCGUCGCGUUGAUUACUCCGCCAAGAUAUAUGUCGGUGAUCUCCCCAGAGAAGCUUCCGAAAGAGAGAUCGAGCAAGCCUUCCGAUCAUACGGCAAGCUACGCAACGUCUGGGUUGCCAGAAAUCCUCCGGGCUUCGCUUUCGUUGAAUUUGACGACGCCACAGACGCUCGAGAUGCUGUCCGUGACCUGGACGGCACGAUAAUAUGCGGCGUUCGGGCAAGAGUUGAACUAAGCACGGGGAAAUCCAGACCCAAGCCAUGGCUUCGUGGUGGCAGAGGCUCCUCACCCAGACGGAGUCGCCCCUUUGACCCUUCGCACCGCUGCUACGAAUGCGGGGAACGCGGCCAUUAUGCCUACGAUUGUCGUCGACGGAACGGUCGCAGCAGGAGAUCUAGGUAA